CAGUACGUAAUCUUCUGACAAAUUCUCAGUAAUCCACACCAUACACUGUACGCUAUACACCCGUGUACUACUGAAUAUACAACAUCACCAGGAGAACAUGUUUGCUUCAAAGUUACAUGGCAAUCUCAAGACUGUCAGUAAGUUUGUUCAGCGUGUUUAUGCUGUGAAUGUACAGAGCCGGUUAGUCCAGUCAACCAGCAGAUCAAGGUUAUGUGUUACUAGCAAGGUGAAUCAGACAUCAGCACAGUCCAGGCAGUCAGUUAGGUGGAGAUCAGAUCAGCCUGGUCGUCAAGUCACUACGGUACGUGAUGCCUAUGAUGCCAUUGAAUCAAUCUUUCAUAGCAUCGUGAAGUCGCGCACUUUUCAACCCAGCUAUCUACUGUCACAACGUUCUCUCAUUCAACGACAUGUUACUGAACUACGUUAUCCAAGCAAGGUUGGGGAUAUCCUGCAGGCGUGUGCUCUUAUCAGUGAGGAGAACACUGACGUGACCAAGUUGGCAGUAUCUGCUCUGAAGCAACUAGCCAGUCUACCUACAUACGUCUGGCAAGAAAACAAGAACCAACACAACCUGUUAUGGGCACUAUACUGGGCCGCAAAGUGUCGAUGUUCAACUCCAGGAUUCACGAAGUUACUACAACAGCAGCUUGAUGUCAUGUGCAUUGAGGAAUGUAGAGAUGUUGAUCAUUGUGCACAUGCAUUGCUUAUGUUGAAUAUGCCUGAUCGUCACCUGGCCCAACACUUGAUGAAUCGCUACCUGUCCAUACACAGUACAGGCGAUCCCAAGCAUCGUCAUACUGAAGUACUGAGACUACUUCUCUACUGUACACUGUGUGGUGUAGAGUGCAGUGCCUUGCUGGAGCUGAUCAGUGUUGAUCAUCUGAUACAGAAAUGCGAUCCUCGCCUUGUGCAACUGCUAUAUUUGCACAACACCCUCCCUGUCACGAACGACCAGCGGCUACAGAUAUUGGACAGGUGUUUAGUGCGGCUCCAGAAGGAUGUGACCAGUCGGCAGUCAGGUCGAAUGUAUGAUAUGCUGUCAUACUUAAUUGGCUCAAAGUACACCACUGGCAUUUCUCUGGUUGAUGGUGUGAACGUUCAGGCAUUGUGCAUAUUCAACCAAGACUAUGAACCAGUGGAGACUGAUGCGUAUCCAGCUGAUGUAUGCAACGGUGUAUCAGUAGAUAUGACAGCAGCUAAACGUCAUGGUUUCAGUGUUGUGGCAUGUCGGGGUGUGAGUGACACUCAGUUACUACGUCAUCCUGUACGCACACCUAAUGGGUAUAACACUCUUGAGGCAUGGGCACUCAAAUCUCAAGGAUGUUAUAUUAUUCCGAUGGUACUCAAAUAUGGCGCUCGGCACUCGCAGAAAAGCAGCCACAUGAUCCCGGAUUUGCGGAUCAAUUAUCCGCAUCACAUCACCGUGUUCAAAGACCUGUUAUCUGCCAAGCAGUGAUGGACAUACACACUGAUGUCAUAGUCUACAAGAUGAUAUCUCUGAACAGCAGUAUACUGAGGCCGGAUUGUGUGCGAUAUCAUAUGAGGCUGGUACAUGAACAUGCUGUGAUAUGAUACUGGUCUAACCACAUACACAUUCACAAACACACACACACACACACACACACACACACACACAAUUUGUUCAGUCUGAUGAUACCUGUGUAGGUCCUAUUGAACUCCUUACUGGUAAACAUUACAUAUCCAACACAUGUUCAAGUGCUUCGAACCACGUUUACAUGAUAACAAUCAAAGAUACUCGCAGCCGUGUUUGUUUAAACUUCUUUUGAAGUAACAUUCCAAAUUUGUCCUGCCUUUUCUUCAAUCCACCGGGUACUAGUACAUGCUCACGUUCAGGGGCUCAGGUCAUUUUAAUCUCAUCUCGUGGAUCAUCAUAUGCUGGCUCCUGAUAAUCAUAUUUGCGGCGAUCACCCAAAACUGGCGCACGUGUGCUUUUUCUAUUACCGACGUUUGUGAUUCCCUAUGUAUCCGAGGUACUAGACACAAGUGUUUCCUUACACCUGAAUCGUCCCCCCCCCCCCUGCUGAUUACACGAUUGUGCGCUCCAAUUCUGACACAAGUUCCGCGUUGACCUAGCAUAGUCCUUGAAACGUUUGAAUGAAGACCACUACUAACCAGCAUGCACAGGAUACAAUCACUGGCGCUCGGCGUUUCUGUCAAAGUCUGCUGAUGAAACCGUGAGCAGCGGCUGAUCUGUCUGCACUGAAGGGUGCAUGCCUCACCAGAUAC